UGUCAGAAUUUCUCCAGACGCGGCCGCGGCCCAGCAGAAGGUGUACUCCCCGCCCUAGGUGGCCGGGGCGCCAGCGGUGUGGGGCUCCGGGUGGACACGCCUCAUCCUGCCCCGACUGCAAUGCAUCCGCGACGACCGGAUGGGUUCGACGGCUUGGGCUAUCGGGGUGGGCUCCGGGACGAGCAGGGUUUUGGCGGCGCUUUCCCUGCAAGGUCUUUCAGCUCCGCCUCGGACCUGAGCCACUGGGUGACCACUCCUCCAGACAUCCCGGGUAGCCGCAACCUGCACUGGGGCGAGAAGAGCCCUCCCUACGGCGUGCCCGCUCCCUCCACCCCGCUCGAGGGCCCUGCGGAGGAAGCCUUUCCUGGGGGCGGCAGCAGCAGCGUGGCGGGAAAAAGCAGCGAACAGUUGAAUAGAUUUGCUGGAUUUGGCAUUGGACUUGCGAGUCUCUUUACAGAGAAUGUACUGGCCCAUCCUUGCAUUGUUUUACGUCGCCAAUGUCAGGUUAACUACCAUGCUCGGAAUUAUCAUCUCACUCCAUUUACAGUUAUAAAUAUUAUGUACAGUUUUAAUAAAACUCAGGGACCAAGAGCCCUUUGGAAAGGAAUGGGAAGUACAUUUAUUGUACAGGGAGUCACACUUGGAGCAGAGGGAAUAAUCAGUGAAUUUACACCUUUGCCAAGGGAGGUCUCACAUAAAUGGAAUCCUAAGCAAAUAGGAGAACACCUUCUGUUGAAAUCACUAACUUAUAUGGUGGCAAUGCCUUUUUACUCAGCAAGUUUAAUUGAAACAGUACAGAGUGAGAUAAUCCGAGACAAUGCUGGAAUUUUGGAAUGUGUUAAAGAAGGAAUUGGAAGAGUGAUAGGCUUGGGAGUGCCUCAUAGCAAACGACUACUUCCACUUCUUUCCUUGAUCUUCCCCACGGUGCUGCAUGGGGUUCUUCAUUACAUCAUCAGCUCAGUCAUUCAGAAGUUGGUCCUUUUUGUUCUAAAGAGAAAGACUUAUAAUAGCCACUUAGCUGAAAGCACUAGCCCUAUGCAGAGUAUGCUGGAUGCUUAUUUUCCAGAACUCAUUGCUAACUUUGCUGCCAGUCUUUGCUCUGACGUUAUACUUUACCCAUUGGAAACAGUCUUGCACCGCCUUCACAUUCAAGGAACACGUACAAUAAUUGACAAUACAGACCUUGGCUAUGAAGUACUUCCAAUUAAUACACAAUAUGAGGGUAUGAGAGACUGUAUCAAUACCAUAAGGCAGGAGGAGGGAAUGUUUGGUUUCUAUAAAGGAUUUGGUGCUGUUAUAAUACAGUACACACUGCAUGCAGCCGUCUUACAGAUAACUAAAAUUAUUUACUCUACGCUUCUUCAAAAUAGCAUUUGAAAUUUAGGUUAAACUAAAAAGAUAUGAUUUAUUAUGAAAUUAUGAGAGAUUAAAAUUAGAUACUGUGGGAAAGAUGAAUUAGAAAGUGAGAAUGGCUAAAAGAAAAACAAAGUCUAUGCUGAUUAUAUUGACAUUUUUUUUUAAGGGCAUGGACAUAUAUUUUGGGCCAGAAAUACUCCAAAUUUGAAGACUCAAAAAUAAAACUCAUAUGAAUUGAAUUUUAGCUAUUGUAGCACUUUUGGAGAGCUAAAAAUAAAUCCAGGAGCAGCAAAAUAUUGUCAUCUAUUCCAUCUGACUUCAAUAUAUUUUUACAUGUUGAUUUCACCUAUUGGUUUGAUAGUGGUGUAUCAUCUUAAUAGUGUAUGAUAUCAAGGAGUUAGUUUGCCUUAAAGCAAAUAAAUAUAAAAUCAACAAUAAAGACUAGGAGGGUUAUAUUUGGCAGUCAACAAGGAAACAUUAAAGAGUUUUAAAUUGCAUUCUCCCUAUAUAAUUAUUUUUAAUUGUGUACAUUUAUUUUAUGAAGUCAUAAUGUACACACAGAGGACUUGGAAUUUCCUUCAUCCCUACACAUUUCCUAGUUUUACAUCAGUUUGUUGCAUAAAAUACAGUCAUGCACUUUCUGUUUGAAUAUCAGAAUAACACAUUAAAAGCCAAGGUAUAAAAGAUUUAAAACAAACAGCAUACUUGUUCAUGUCUAAACCCAGCAUUCAGUGCUAGCUAGUAAGUUACAAUUCAUUGUAUGUUUAUAAAGUUUGAUUUACUUAACUAGUUAUGUGAAUCACCAAGCUAUUUUUAGAGUGACUCUUAAGACGCAGUAUAUAAAAUAAUCAUGACAACUAUUACUGUUACCAUGUUUACAACUUGUGUGCUAAAAAGAACGUCAUUUGCCUUUUAUUUCUGAAUGACUUGUCUUAGAAGAGACACAAUUAAAAUCCACCCAGGAAUUUGUGCCUAUUGCCUUCUGUAUAGUCGUGAUUAGCUAAUGACUUCAGCUUUUAUUUAAAGUUUCCAUUUUCCAACCUUCAUAAACAUAAAGGGAAAACAGGUUUAUCCUUCCUUGUUUGGAUGAAUGUUGAAGAAAUUAUGCAAACCUGAAAGAAGAUUGGCAUUGUUUUGUUUCAUUAUGAAUGAGAAAAAACAGUUCAUGUCAAAAUGCAUUAGAUAAAAUUUUUCAAUCAGUUUCAUAAGAAAUUAUAUCUUCCUACAAAUUCAAUUUUCUGGGGAGGCUUUUUGUAUAUUAAAAUGAUAUGCAUUUGACUGACCCGUCAUUAAACAUUUUUUAAGUUUUUUCUUGUAUGUGUGACCAUAGUCUUAAUACAAAUCUUUCAGUAUACUAAGUAUAAUGAUUUGACACUAAUAUUGUCCCACCUAAAAUAUAUACAAAGAAUUAUUUUGCUGGCCAAGUGUCAGAAAAAAAAAAAUAGGUUCUGUUCUGUGAUGAAUAUUGUUGGAAACAAACAUGUUAGCCAAAAAGUAUAAACCAGUAUAGAAGUAGCAACCCUCUUGACUUUUUUAUGUAUGGUCUGUUGUUUUCAAGCACUAAGACAUCAGUUUUCCAUGUUUUCAUUUCACCAAAAUGGGGGAAAUAAAAUUAAACACACAGAUCAUAUGUUUUUAUUUUGUGAUCAGUCUUUAAGAUUCAAUGGUUUGUCUUGCUCAGCUUAUGUCAUUUAAAUUUCAUUUAAAUGGCUAAUUUUCAUAUGCCUAUAUAUAUCCAGAUUCCUAAAUACCUUCAUUUUUUUCAUAAAUAAGAUGGUUUCAGGCCAGAGAGAAGCCAAAAAAAUUCUAAAACAGAAUCUGCAUUAAAUUUUCUAGAAUCAGAAUCAUGUAUAAAUGAAAAACCUAUGGGGCGGGUCCCUUAUCUGCCAAAAAAUUAGGUGUUUCAAAAUUUAAUGGAAGUUGGCAUAAAUAUCUAGUUAUAUAAAAAUCUGUUUCAUCGUGGAUUAUUACAAGACUGGUAGACUGAACCACAUACAAAGGUUGACUUUAUUUCUCUUUGGAUAAAUAAUACAUGCAGAUGCACACUAAAAAAACCAUUUAUCUCUUAAUCCCAUUUAAAAUUACUUCAAAUGUCGAAAUCAUUUAAAAGCAGGCAUUUAAAUGUUAAUCAACUAUAUUUUUAAAUUUAUUGAUUUAAUAAUGAUUGGCAAGACCGUAGAAUAAAAGGAGUACAGUUCCCACCACCAGAAUUCUGUAUCCCAUCCCCUCCAUUGGAAGCUUUCCUAUUCUUUAUCCUCUGGGAGCAUGUACCAGAAUCAUUAUGGGGUGCAGAAGGUAGUAGGUCUGGCUUCUGUAAUUGCUUCUCUGCUGGACGUGGACAUUGGCAGGUCCAUACUCCCAGCCUGUUUCUCUCUUAGAAGGCCAUCAUAAUCAUAACCAAAUAUUUUACUGGUCUUAGAAAUAAAUGAAAUAAACAUUGAACACACUCUCUUAAAUAUGCUGUUUCUUUAGUAAGUAUCAAAAUUAAAUCUCCAUGUACUACAUUCCUUAAAACAAUGAUAGCUCAUAAUAUUUUAAAAAUUCAAUAUAGUUGAUAGAAUUGUGUACAAGAUUGUAUUUAAAUGUUCUAAGGGUCCAGUGAUUAUUUUUUCAAAAGCUGAGCUUUGACAUUAUAUGCUUUCUUUACAUUAUAUAGUUUCUUGAUUUGAGUUAAGUAGUUUGAAAAUAAAAACUAAAAAGAAGUGGCAAAUUCUAAGUUACUGUGUUAUAUGAAAUUAUGAGUUGAUUUGCUAAAUCUGUAUUAAGUAUUUCCCUUGAGACAUCUUUUUCUAUAUUAUGACCCCGGGGGGAGAGGGGGUUGGGAGGACUCCCUGGGUUUAUAAGACUCAAACUUCCCAACUCUUAGCACCGGAUAUUAUAAAAUAGAGGAAACAAGCUAAUUUCAAAGUGGCCUUGGACAGAGAGAUUUAAUAACUCAGCUAGAGGUUCUAGAAACAACACUGGUAGAGGUCCAGGUCCUUUUUGCAAACUUGCAUAACUACUGACAACUGUCUUUUAGCACUGGUUACUAAUUACAGUCAGUUUUACUGAUUGGUUCUACAUUCUUCAAUACAUCUCUGCACUCACACAUUUGGUCAGAAAAAAAUAAAAGGAAAAAACAAAAGCAUACUACUUUGACUUUUUUCCUAACUAAAAUUGUAAGAUAUAUUUGCCUUCAGAUGGCUUACUUGUCAAUCUUUUGGAAUAUAAAUGACUAAUCUCCCAUUUCUUCAGUCUCUUGAAUGUUGGGUUUGAAUUAAUAUUUCAACAGUAUAUAAUUAAAUAAAAUUCCCUUUUAAUUCAUACUGCAUUAGAAUUUGAAUGAUACUCUGGCAUACCUGUUCUCUUUUGAAUACACAUUUAUCUUGUGCUCUUUCUAUCAUAAACUGGUUAUAUAAUGUCUUCAGGUACUGAAUAUCAUUGGUAUGGUACCAAGUUGUAUAGUAAAGUAACAAAAAGUUAUGAUUUGACAAUGAGUCUAAUAAUACAGUAUUACCUCAGAUGAGAUGUUUUGUCUGUAUGUGUGUGUGUGUGUGUGUGUGUGUGUUUUAAGUUGUUUUUGUCUCAAUGUUUUCAGUAAACUGUAUAGAUUCAAUAAAGUGUUGAAGUAAAAUGAA